UCAUCAUCACCUUAUCAUCAUUAUCAUCGUUCGAUAUUGAUUUGCUGCCAAUCAUUCGAUUGAUUAAACCAAAAAAAAAGUUGUUUUUUCCUAAUAAAAUUAAUUCUAAUCUAAUCUAAUAAAUCAAUUAGAAUUAACUAAUCAGAAUCGAUCAUAUAUAUUUGUAAUAACAAAACAAAAACAUUUUAUUCAUUUGAAUUUUCCUGAUUAGUCAAGUUAUUUAGCCCAAUAAAUAUGAACUAUAAAAUAAUAAUAAUAAUUUUUAUUAAUUUAUCAAUAAUAAUAAAGUUUAUUGAAACAGCACAUGAUAAAAUUUUACAAUUUUAUCCAUAUAAACCAGUAUCAGUAUUACCUGAAGAAUAUUGUGAUGAAGAUUCAUUACAAGCAUUUACUUUAUGUCGUAUAAGGGCAAGUCAAUAUUGGGGUACAGAAAUUGAAGAUUAUUUUACAAUAUCAAAAGAAUUUUGUUGUUUUGCAUAUGGACAAUUAGUUUGUGAAUUAAAAGCCGUUCAACAAUGUCAACGUUCAUCAAAUGAUUUUUUAAAAUUAGAUAAUUUUUCAAGAAUGUUAGAUACGACAACAAGACAAACAAUAGAACCAUUUUGUGAUCCAUUUAAUUUGGGUGAAAUAUCAUAUUCAUGCUUUUUUAAUACUGGGGAUUUAAUAAAAUUUGGCGUUGGUUUAUUGAUAACAGGUCUUAUGGUUGCAUUAUGUUUUUAUUGUGGUGCACCUGUAUGGUCUUUAUUUACAACAAUAACAUCUGGCAUUGCUAUGACUUAUGGUAUGAUACGACCAUAUCCAGUAACUGUGGCACAACAAUAACUAUCCCAUCAUCAUUGAAAGCAAUUGCAACAGCAGCAAAACAAAAACAAACAAAAUAAAAAAAUUCAAUUUUUUUUAAUCAAUAAAAAUUAC